GGGCCUCCUUCUUCUUGGCCGAGGGACCUGAAGAACUCUUGGGGCACCGAAUGGUGGCAUGCAAGAGAACCAGUGGCGGAAACGUGUUCAACCCCAAAACAGGCGAGCCGUCCUUCAAAAGUGGAGACCAGCUCUACCUUGCGAUGCCUGAUCGGGCAGCCGUGCUGGAACUGGCCACCUACGAUCAGUUGCCGGAGUUUGCGGUGGAAUUGGCACGGCUCCUGCAGGAGGGAGUCGAUGAGAAAGGCAUCGUGGGGCCAGCGGAGAUGGUGCAAGCGGCGAAGUUUCUGAACAGCAUCAAGGACCUCAACGAAGCUGAGGAGGCUGAACGUCGCUUGUAUCGUUUCGAGAAGCGCUUUGGCAAAGAAAGACAUGGGAUGGAUGGUGCAAGUGACAGGGACACCCGAACUAGGAGUGAACUUCCUCGACAACGUGCCACCUUUAACUUGCCUCGACCUCCUUCCCCACCUCGAAGGGCAAAAGAAGAGCAGGUGACAGAACCUUUGAGUGAAGAAGAGGAGGAGGAAGAAGAGGAGGACGAGGAAGGCGACGAUCCUGAGGUGAGAGGCGAUCACACCGUUCAGCUGGCCACAGCCGUGCUGAGCGAAGUCGAUCACGAAGAAGAGACCGAACCAGAGGUUCUCACACACGUCAAUCGAAGCCACGGAGGAGAACCAAAAGAGCUGGGAGGAAACAUCAACGACUCAAACGCCUGGCAGAGGAUCCUUUGUUGCGAGUCCAUCGAAAAGCUGGACCAGGAUGGAGUCGAAGUGGAUGUAACUCAGUUGCAGGCUUGGAGCGCCCUUUCACCCGCGCGCGGCCAGAUUUUAGAGGUUGCGCUGGGGCAAAGCAAUUUCCACGAGGCGCUGGCCGUUUGGGCCGCCUUUGUGAUUGUACGAGUGUCCACCCUUUUAGAUGGAUCACUAGUUCUGGAAUGCCGUUUCCUGGGGUCCGAAGAUACUUCAGUGGAUGGCCGUCUGGACACCGAUUUCAACACAGAAGGGAAUUCAAUUCACCUUUGCUUGUCGCGGCCUUGUUUAGAUAUUUCAGAAGGCGAGCCGGACCUCGGGGACUUUUUGCAUGCAACCAGAGUGCGUUUGUGGAGCGCGUCACGUUUUGUGGAGGUUUGCCCUUACCUUUCGGAUGCUCAGAAAAAGAAUGUGAACAAGUUUUUGAAGAGCUCUACAGAAAAACCAAAGGCUCCCAGGACUCCCCGUGCCAAAGCAGCUACCGCAAAAACUGCACCAAAAGAAAAGAAAGACAGGGGCAAGCCUGGAGAAACUGGAGGAAAAGCCGCCCCUCGCCGCAAGCCUGCCCUUCGCACUCCCAAAGAGACAGAACCUGGGGACCCAGAUAUCCGGGCAUCCAAAGAGGAGCUGCGGCAGAAGUUGAAGGCUUUGCGGGUCAGACUUCAGGGCGAUGGGAAGGAAGAAGAUCAGGAGUAUUCUCCGGGAACCUUGGUCGACGAGGAGCAGAAGGAUGGGCUAGAUGUAGAGAGCUCAGACCCUGUGCAGGCAGAUGGCCUGACGACAGGAGCCAACUUGGAUCCUCUUCCUCCAGAGCUGGCGAAAGCCGUUGCUCGGAAGGACAAACUCCGCCGCUCUCGACGUCAUACAGGCGGGGAAGAUGCGCUCGCCCUGGUGGAUACAAAAGACACCACUUCGAAAAGCUUGAGCGGCCAACUGGUCCAGAAAGCUCUGGAAGUGACUCGUCAGAGGAAAGCAAAGAGCUCGUCCAAGAAGAAGAAGAAGGUGUCAGGGAAGACGGAUAUGGAGCGGCUUUCCAAUGUCCUGGUCAAGGCAUUGCAGAAAGCCAGUGGGGUAACCCCCAAGGAGACCGAGGCCACCAAGAAGAAGAAGAAGCGCAAACGCAGAAUGUUGAGGGAUGGAACGAUAGUGACCUCAAGCGCCAGCUCAGGAGCUUCCUCGGGGGCGGAGACAGAAGAGCCCUCAAGCGACGAGGACCUGCAAGCACCGCUCAGAAAGAAAUCCAGGGACCGCCCAGGAAGCGUUUUGCAGCUCCUGGUGGCCCACAUCAGGGACCAGUUGGACCAAAGCGCCCUGACAGAGACCGGCCAGGCUUCAGCCGUGGUGACUGGGGGUGUGAAGGUCAUGACCUACUUCAACAUCCAUGUCAAGGGCGCCUAUCCUCAACACCUUCGAGAGUUGAGGGAGAUGUUUCAUUUGGCCUCAUGCAUAGAUGCUAUUCGAUCUGGGGACGUAGCUCGCUGCGCAGACGGCUUAGCAGCGCGGUUCAUAGCUCUACAUCAGUCCUUAGUGGACGGAAAUUGGGGAACAGCUCGUCACUUGGAGCUGCAUGCUAUGGAGGACGUGACCGCUGCCAGCCCGUCCGCCAUUUUGGCGACGCGGCGACAUGCGAAACUGGUUUCAAAAAUGCAGGGCUACCCCUCCAGCUCCUGGGUUCUGGGAGCCGGCCGCGGCCGUGGAGGAAAGGGCAAGAACGAGUGGAGCUACGGCGACACCAGAGGAGAAGCCCAAGUAGCAGAGGAAGCAUCUCUGGUCAAGGCCGUUGAGAUCGCUCCCCAAGCUCCUUUGGCUGACUUGGGUCAGAUCCUACGUUUGUGUGACACACUGAGACGCACCGGGUGUGUCCUGGCGUGGGGCUUGAUUCAUGUGAGCUGUUUCACCAACGAGCUCCAGAAUUCAGGCAUCUAUAGGCUAAUGUUUGCCUCCAGCGUGCGGCAACGGGCCGGUCGGAAACGACUGGCUCUUCCCUUGCGCGAAGGCGAGUUGGCCGGGACUGUGAACACCUUGAAGGCUGUUUCUUUGUGCGAAGCCGCUGAGGAUAGCUUUUGUACUCUUCAUGCCGAAGCUUGCUGGACAUACUUGGCUUGUUUUGCAUGUAACUCCUUAGUGGAUGUGCAGCGGCCUCUUGACUCAGGAGGCUGGAUAAAGGCUGAGGAGCGGGCAUGCGCAGCUGUCAGGCUGAUGACGAGACGUCUGCUCAGCCAUGGACGCCAAGAACCUGUGAGCUCAGAAGGCAUAGAAAAAGAUGUGAAGCUUGCACGGGUGAACUAUUUGGGUGAAGAAGUAGGGAGUUGCCAUAAGUUGACACUGCGGCAGAUCGGAGAACUUCCUGCCAUCACGAGCGCACUGAUUAGUUGCGGGGUUUGUGACUGGAUUCCUUUUGAUGAUGUCCUUACUUAUCGUGGGGAAGUCAGUGAGCGUAUCUUGUUGCGCAGCAUGUUGCCUGCGGGAGAGCAAGUAGUUCGCAACCGCCCUCUGCCCUUAUGGAUGGUUGGUCUUUUAAAGGAAGCCCGAGAGCACCGUCGUAUAUGGUGGCAUGUCUAUUUGGAUAACUAUGCCGGAGGGCAGGUCUUGGGCGUUUCUGAAACUUCAGCUGCUGGUGAUCAACUCCACCAACUAGCAGAGAAAGCUUGGAGAGAAGCACAGGUUGUUUCUUCAGAAAAGAAAAGGAAGCGAGCAGUUGAAGAAGCUGAAGAAUUGGGAGCCCUAGUCAGCGGAGCCACAAACACCAUUGGGGCGUCUCCUGAGCGGAUCCUCAAAGUGAUACAAGCUACUUUGUGGAUUCUCUCUCAAAAGCAUUUAUCAAAGAAGCAUGUGCAGGUGGUGGCAGGACGGUGGGUCCACAUACUGCAAUUUCGUCGGCCGGGUAUGGCCUUCUUGGAUUCUACAUGGCAAUUUAUUAGCAGCAAGACUUUCAGCAGCCGUCUGGUAGAACAGGUAAAGAGAGAGCUCUGGAGGGAGCUGAUUGAGAUCAAACUGGUGGGCGAGAAUGUUGCCUCUAUGGCAAAGAGCGAGUGCGCGCAGAGUCUGGCGAUGUCUUACCAACAUGUCUCCGGGCCAUCAUCCGGAGCCGACCACCACCGAGACCGGCAGGUCUGUCAAGGUGCGACGAAGACACUAAAGAGCGAUGGAAGACAUUUCUUGCCUCGGAUGAGCUAUGCUCAUUUGUGCGAUCGCAUGGGUCUGGCGCCUGGUUUUGCAGCUCCAUGGAGGAUUAAGAUCUCUUUGGCUAGAAAACUGCAGUAUGGCAAGGGUCGCAGUGGCAGCCGUUUCCUGAACAAGUUGCUCAAGGUAUUGAACGCAAACCUUUUAGCCCAUGGCAUCACACUGAUUCUGGGACAUGUAGAGUCCACACAGAAUCCAACCGACCAUGCGAGCCGGUACUAUGAUGCUAUGAGAAAACUUUUGCCUACACUGGAAAAGGUCAAAGGACCGCCUCAGCUGGAUGACGCAGUAAGCGACUGGGUUGAAAAACAAUGGAGAGAGGGUCAAACAAUUCAUGUUGUUUCAGACGCAUUGUGUGGCCUUCACCACUUUGAGCCCUAUACCAAGAAGUUGAUCCCAUCAGCAUGGAAAUUGUUUCGCACUUGGCGAAAAUUGGAGGCCCCCAAUAGGGCCCCUCCACUUACAAAAUACAUAAUAUAUUCGUUGGCUCACUAUGCGAUGAUGCAUAAUGAUUUAGUUUUUGGAACUUUGCUUUUAAUGGGAUUUUUCGGGUUACUCCGCACUGGAGAGUUGUUGCUGGCAAAGCCGUGCAACAUCCUUGUUGCAAAGGAACGGGUAAUCCUUUCACUGGAAAGCACGAAAUCUGGGAAGCGUAAUGCUGCUUCCGAGACCGUUUCUUUUGAUGAUCCCUUCGCAGUGAUUGCCAUUGAUCAGCUGUUACAGUUACGAGAACACCAACGCUUGCAGCAUGUCCCUUGUUGGCUUCACUCUGCACAGAACUUUAGGAAUAAGUUCAGCUUUUAUUUAAAGAAAUUUGAUCUCCAAGGCCACUGUUUCAGACCUUACAGCCUCCGAAGAGGAGGCGCGACUCACCUUUUUCAAACCACUGGCAGUAUGGAAUUGGCCUUGCUUAAAGGCAGGUGGGGAUCGGCCCAAGUGGCCAAAAUAUAUUUACAGGACGGCCUUAGCUUCCUGCCGAUGUUAACUUUUUCUCCACGUGCCAGGGAAAAACUGCAAGAGUGGAGGCCUUUUCAACACUACAGUGUCAAGUAA